CAAAUCUUUAAACAUUCGUCAACGGAUCGAUUUCAUCAUAAUGUCUUCCCGAGUGUGGCAGCAUCCUUACGUCAAUAUCUUUAAACACGUGAAGAUUGAUGAAUGGAAAAAGUCAACCAAAGAGGGAGAUGUGACCACCUAUAUGGACAAAACAUUAAAAUGCUCAGUUUUUCGCAUCCGGGGAUCCAUUCCAGCUAGCAACUACAUCCUGCUGCCGAAAACCAGUACCCAGUCACUGGGGCUUACCGGACGUUACUUCUACCUCCUCUUCAGACCCAGUCCUACCAAACAUUUUGUAGUACAUUUGGAUGUGGCCUCUGAGGAGAGCCAAGUCAUCCGCAUCUCCUUCUCCACCCUCUUCAAAGAGUUUAAGUCCACAGCAACCUGGCUUCAGUUCCCCUUCGUAUGCGCAGCAGCCAAAGGAUCCUUAUAUGAGAGCACAGCUAAAGAGGCCAGACAUGAUCUGGUAGGCCCUGCACCCCCCACGGUGCGCUGGACCUGCCUAAUGAUGGACCUCCAGUAUGUCCUCUCCGUCUACCUCAACCGCCGCUACAGCCACCUGAAGAGUGUGAAGCUGUGCGCCAGCAUGUCUGUGAAGAACAUGUUCACCAGCGACCUGCUGUGCGACCCUGAGCUGUCUUUCAGCGAGGCCAAACAGGCAGGCAUGGCAUGUAUGAAAGGAGCUAGCCCAAUGCCGCGUGAGAUGUGCUUCCCUGUGCCCAAGGGGGAGAACUGGAAUGAUGUGUAUGACCACAUCAGGUUUCCUUCUGAUGGAGCCAAGAUGCCUUAUGAUUCAAUCCAGAGGGGAAACGCCAGUCCUACAGCACAUAUAAGCCCCGCUCAAGCAAUGUUCCAUAGUGUGAACCUCAGCAAGCCUGUGCAGGACAGAGUCUCUCUUAUCCAACAGAUCACUACACCCAAAAAACGCUCCAGGCGACGAGUCCCUUUGGUGACAGCUAGCGUGCCGGAGCUGGGCAUGCUGCCUGCUGCAGCGGGGGGCAGGGAGAGGGAGCUGCAGGAGAACUGGCAGCGUCGAGAGGAAGACCGGGAUCCCCAGCCAGACCUGGAGAGCCAGGAGGAGCACUGCUCACCUCGGACGCGGGGUACUGAGAAUGAGGGCGUUCACCUCUUUGUACACCGACACGACGACAUCCCCUCGCAAAGACCAGACAGUGACAUCGAUGAGAUGGUUUGUACAACGGUCUCACGCCCAGUUUCCCUACCUACAACAAAAGUAGCAGAGCACCUGAAACUGCAGCCUGACCCCAUCCUGCAGCUUAACAGAAUCAUUGGUUUUGGAGGAUGCACCACAAAAUGUGCGCUGUGGACCAAAUCUGGAGACUCCGUGGUGUAUCCUUGUCAUGCCAUCAUUGUCUCAAUGAAAGUGUCCUCUGGACAGCAGAGGUUUUUCAUUGGUCACACAGACAAGGUAUCUGCGUUGGCGUUCAACGGCAAAAGUACUGUGUUGGCGUCUGCGCAGACGGGCAGUCUGAGCGUUGUACGAGUGUGGGACUUCUUGCAUGGCAAUUGUCUGGCCAUGUUCAAAACCCAUGCACAUUCUCUGUCCUGUCUCAGCUUCUCCUCCAGCGGCGGGGUGCUGUGUGGUGUCGGCAAGGACAGCCACAGCAAAACGAUGGUGGUGGUGUGGAACACACAGCGGGUCACGAAAGGAAAAGAGGUGGUUAUUCUGGCCAAGGCGCACACAGACGUAGACGUGCAGACCAUGAAGAUUGCCUUCUUCGAUGACACCAGGAUGGUGUCGUGUGGAAGGGACAACAUCCGGCUGUGGCGUGUGCGAAGCGGGUCGCUGCGCUCCUGCCCGGUUAACCUGGGCGAGUACCACGCCCUGGACUUCACAGACGUGGCCUUCGAAGAAGGACACUGUGCAGAGAAAGACCCAGAGGACCGGACGCUGUUUGCUAGCAGCAGGAGUGGCCACAUCUUGGAGAUCGACUACAAGAGCGUGGUGAUCAGGAAUGUCAGGCGACUGCUCCCUGCCCAGCAGGCUCACUCCCAGCGCAGAGAGAAGCAGACCUUCAGUACAGGGCCUGGGAUCGCUGUGAACAGCAUCAGUAUUUCCUCCGCUUUCUGCGCCACAGGCUCUGAGGAUGGAUACCUGCGUCUCUGGCCCCUGGACUUUUCCACUGUGUUUCUGGAGGCCGAGCACGAGGGGCCAGUGUGCCUGGUGUCCAUCAGCGAGGAGGGGCACAGUGUCCUAGCGGCCACUAGCACGGGGAACCUGGGCUACCUGGACGUGAGCAGCCGGAAGUACAGCACCCUGAUGAGGUCACACGCUGACACCGUGCUGGGUUUCAGCGUGGACGGCAUCCGCAGGCGCAUCACCACCGCCUCCUGCGACCGCACCGUCCGGGUCUGGGACCUGGACUCCAUGCAGCAGCUGUAUGACUUUAUCUCUGAGGACGUGCCCUGCUCCGUGGCCUUUCAUCCCAGCCAGCAGGUGUUCUCCUGUGGCUUCAGCUCUGGGCUGGUGCGAGUCUUCAGCAUCGCCAGCUCCAGCCUGCUGGCAGAGCACAAGCAGCAUCGGGGCGAGGUGAUAGGCCUGGCCUUCUCCCCCGAUGGAGAGUUCAUGUACAGUGCCGGCUCCCUGGGCUCACUGGCUCUCUACAACUCCUCCCAGGACGAUCACCACGUCCUCAGGGUCUUGGGCAACGUGGUGGCCCAGGGAGUGGAGCGCAGUCCAGACGCCCUGGCGGUGAGCAGCGACAGCCGCUGCCUGGCGUUUGUGGGGCCCUCGGAGUACACCGCCACCAUCAUGGAUGCCCGCUCACUGGAUGAGCUGCUGCGUGUGGAUGUCAGUAUCCUAGACGUGGAAAGCACCAGCCUGGACUCAGCUGUGAAGGUCUGCUUUCCCCCCGUUUCCACCGGGCACCUGCUCGUCGCCACUUCUGCCAACAAGAUCCUCUGGCUCAACUCCAGAACAGGCAGGCUCUUGAGAGAGGUAUCUAAUGUGCACAAGCAGCAGUGUACAUGCCUGACAGCGAGCGAGGAUGGCCGCUACCUGCUGACCGCUGGGGGCAAGGCCGUCAAAGUGUGGGACUACAGCAUGCGGCUCGAAGUCAAUUCACAGGUGUUCAUUGGACAUUCCGAGCCCAUCCAGCAGGUGAGUUUCACACCGGACCAGCUGGGCGUGGUCACUGUGGGAGACGCCAUCUACUGCUGGGACUUUCUGGCCCAUCCCGAGGAAACACUGGAGCAGAGGAGCCCUCCUCCUGUCACUGUGUCUCCCACGCCUUGUAAACCGGCUCCAUCAGAUAAUCCAGAGCUGAGUGUCAAUCAAAUGCUGCUAUCCAAUGGAAUGCCUCGGCAGGCUGCCCCUAUCCCCUCCUCCUCCCCACCCCAUUUGGACAUUAGCUCCAUUGACAGGACUGGCCAUGAAGCUCUGAGCCAGCUGUCCCUGUGUGAGGAGACAGAGGAGGUGCAGCUAGCUGAUGCGCCGCCUGCCCCUGUGUUAGGGUCCUUCCUCAGGGUCACAGAAAUGGCAGCGGAACAGGACAGGUCCAUGCUGAGAGACAGCUGGAGGAAUGGAGUGCCCAAUCUUCUCUCUGUUGAUAAAGAGGAGGACAAGGUGCCGAUUCGUCCCGAUUCCUACAAGCACUUCACACGACGCUUCAACACGUCUUCCCUGGACGGGAGUGCUGUAACAGCCCCUCCAGGAGAGGAGGGCCUAAAACUGAAGGCUGUGAUUGGCUACAAUGGCAAUGGGCGUGGGAACAUGGUCUGGAAUCCUGACACAGGUCUGUUUGCGUACUCGUGCGGCUGUGUGCUGGUAGUGGAGGACCUGCACACAGGCUCCCAGAGGCACUGGCUGGGGCACACAGAGGAGAUCUCUGCUCUGGCCGUGACCCACGACGCUCAGACGGUUGCUUCGGCGUCAGGGGGUAGCGCUGGAUCCCGAAGUCUCAUUUGCAUCUGGAAUGUCCAGGAUGGCUCCUGCAGAAAUACAAUUUCACACCACAAGGGGGAGGUGCAGGGCAUUGCCUUCUCCAGAGAUGAUUUGUUCUUCCUCUCUAUUGGUGACUACACAGACCCAGGGGUGGCACUGUGGAGAACUAAAGCAUGUCAGCUGAUAUCCAGCAUCAGCCUGGAGGCGCCGCUCCACGACAUCAGCUUCAGCCCUUUCUCUGCCAGCCAGCUGGCCUGUGUAGGGAGCGCUGGCGCCCUCUUCUGUCUCAUCGAAUUCCGUGGUCAAGAUGUGGAGCUGAAGGUGCAGAUGGCGGCAGUGCCAGACGAGGUGGGGGAGGUGGAGCUGACCUCGCUGUGCUACAAAGACAGCUCCAUCCUGUUCACAGGCACCAACAGCGGGCGCGUGUGCGCCUGGGACUGUGCUUCCUCGCGCUGCUUCAUGACCUGGGAGGCUGACGAGGGCGAGAUCGGGGUGCUGCUCUGCCGAGGGAACCGCCUCCUCACGGGCAGCAACACCAGGAGGAUCCGGCUGUGGGCGGUGGCCGCGGUGCAGGGAAUGAGACCAGCGGCGGAAGGCUCAAAGGACAGCGGCGCGAUGGUGGUCUUGGAGCAUGAGAUGACUCUGGACGGGACAGUGGUCAGCGCCGCCUUUGAUGACGUCAUGGACAUGGGCAUUGUGGGCACCACGGCGGGCACCCUCUGGUACAUCAACUGGGUGGAGAACACCAGCAUCCGUCUCAUCAGCGGGCACAAAAGCAAGGUGAAUGACGUGGUCUUCAGCCCGGACGAGGAUCACUUCGCCACGUGCGGGGAGGAUGGCAGCGUACGGGUGUGGUCAGCUCCUAGCAAUGAGCUGCUGGUUCAGUUCCAGGUGCUCAACCAGAGUUGCCAGUGCAUCUGCUGGAGCCCGGUGCAGAGGUCAGCCCGAGGAGGCCAGUGCAUCGCGGCGGGGUACAGUGACGGCACUCUGCGCAUCUUCCGAUUGGCCACCUCUGAGAUGGAGCUGAAGCUGCACCCACACCCCGUGUCUGUCACUGCUGCGCAGUACUCUGUAGAUGGUCAGGUGCUUCUCUCAGGGGGGAAGGAUGGCUUGAUGGCAGUCAGUAGUCCCCUCACUGGAAUGACUCUACGUGUCAUCAGCGACCACAAGGGGGCACCCAUUAGCACCAUUCAGUGUGUCAAGAAGCAGUACAAACAAUUUGAGCUUGAAGGAAAUGAGAUGUGGUUAGCGGCCAGUGCAGACAGGCGUGUGAGCAUCUGGGCAUCUGAUUGGAUGAAGGACAAGUGCGAGCUCCUGGAUUGGCUCACCUUCCCAGCCCCUUCUGACAGCCUGCCACCCAGCCUGGCUGCUUUCUACCCCAGUGACCCAGGGAUUGUGGUGUACACAGGAUAUGGAGUAGAGAAGGAGAUGUCUUUCUACAGCCUAUCCAAGAAGCAGGUUGUUAAAAAGAUUGCCUUGUCUCACUGGGCAACCUGCUUGGGCCUCUCCUCCAUAGGCCGUCUUGUUGCGGUCGGUUCCAGUGAACGCCUGCUGAAGCUCAUCAAAUCCACCAGCGGAAAAUUCCAGGACUUCCCCGUGCACAGUGACUCCUUGAAAGUGUGCCGCUUUUCGCCCUCGGGAAAGCAGCUUUUCACAUCAGCCUACAAUGAGAUACUGCUGUGGGAGGUGCAGGGGCUUUAAGGCUGGGACCGUCUCCUAUUUCCAGUCCACAUCAGCUCUGUGUCUCACAAGCCUUUAGCAGGAUGAUGCGAAAUCCCCUGGUCACCCACAUGUUACGCUCUCAGCCUGGUUACUCAUUUCAAUUCAAGGGCUGAAGCUGAUUAAUGGAUAAUUUGAUUAAGAAUAGCACAGCA